AUGGAGGCCCCGAGGCCCUUCGCUUCUGCUGGGGGCGGCCGCUUCGUCCCCGUGACGCGAGGGGCGGGUUUGAAGCUGUGGCUCUGGGAGCUCUGGCUGCUCCUGCUGGGGGCCGGUUUGAACGCGAACUUUUUGCCCGACGAGGAGGACGUCAGCUUCAUCAAUGAGUACGUGAACCUGCACAACGAGCUCCGCGGCAGCGUCGAGCCCAGCGGCGCGAACCUGCGCUUCAUGACUUGGGAUGUAGCUUUGUCACGGACUGCUAGAGCAUGGGGGAAAAAAUGUGUGUUUGAGCCUAAUACUCAUUUAGAAGAACUGAGAAUGGCCCAUCCUAAAUUUAAUGGUAUUGGUGAAAAUAUGUGGGUUGGCCCUGAAAACGAAUUUACCGCGAGUAUUGCUAUCAGAAGUUGGUAUGCAGAGAGGAAGAAGUACCAUUUUGAAAAUGACAGUUGCUUGGAUGACUGUUCUCAUUACAUACAGCUUGUUUGGGACAGAUCUUACAAAGUUGGUUGUGCUGUUACUCCAUGUUCAAGAAUUGGACCUAUCAGACAUGCGGCAAUUUUCAUAUGCAACUAUGCACCAGGAGGAGCUCUGACAAGAAGGCCUUAUAAACCAGGACUAAUUUGUAGUCAAUGUAGCAGAUAUGACAGAUGCACAGAUUUUCUAUGCAGUAAUGCAGAGCGUGACCAAGCCAUAUAUUACCGAUAUUGGUAUCCAAGGUGGGAAGUGCCCCGGCCAGUUGUCUGUGAUCCACUAUGCAUAUUUAUUUUCUUUCUGAGAGUGCUAUCUUUUUCACUUUGUGCCACAGUUGUUUUGAUGAUACAGUCUCAGUUUCCAAAUAUAUUAUUGGAAGAACAGAUGUUAUCUACCCCUGAGGUAAAUGAAGUAGAGCCAGAAAAGGAAGAGGGGGAAGAGCAGGAGGAGGAAGAGGAGGACAAAGAGAAGGAGGAGGAGGAAGAGGAGGACAAAGUGGAGGAGGAGGAAGAGGAGGACAAAGUGGAUGAGGAGGAGGAAGAGGAGGGGUAAGAUUUACCACCAUCGUAGGACAAAAGCAUAAUACAAAAAAGGCAAAAACCCAAAAGACAAGAACACUGAGCUUUAACAAGAAAGAAUAUGUACAAACCACUAUUGCAAUACCUUUUAUUCUCUUCUUUCUCAUACUUAUUCAACCAAUUUAAAUUUGGAAAACAAACAAAAGCAUGUAUUUUCUAGUAAGUAUUAUAAGGGAAGCUCUUGGACACUAAGAACGGAUAAAGAUGUGAUGAUAGAAAUACUAAAAAAUAUUUGACCAGUCUAAUUAAUCUUAAGAUUUCACUAUGUCACCUGAUGAAGGAGAGAAUUUCUAUUUCUUAAAUGUGUUUCUAUCUCUGUGUUUUAAAUAUUUUUUAAAUGUGAUAAGUUUUUUGAGGAUUAAAUAAGAUUGUCCAUGUAAGGUGCUCAGGACCAUUUGAAGUUCAGGACGACCAUUUAAUCACUUGGUUUUGCUGUUUUAUCAUUACUGUAACAGUUGUUAUUGGUGGUGGUGGUGUUUUCCAUGUGAUUUGAAUGCAUCUAAUAUCAUUAUUUGCCUUUGUUGUAUAUGUGUUUGGAAUGGUUUAGAUGGUACUUGUACAUGCUGUUAGGAGACAAAUUUAUUAUUUCUACUUCAUGUUACUAUUUCGUUAAAGCCUUGCUGUAAUUCUUUACUAGGCUAUGUGAUUUGUUGCCACCAAGGGCUAAUAAAUGUCAAAAAUUUAGCUGUGAUUGAGCAAUCUGGCUGCUUCCAAGUUUAUGUGAUAAAAUAAAAUAAAUUUUUAAAAAGUUAUUUACUUGUUAUUCAAUAUGUAUAGUAAACAUUCAUAAAUUAGUAAUAUAAAUUAACUACUUACCAGUUCUAAGACUAAUAAAUGAACUGAAUAAAACUACCUAACAUAGCAAAGUAUGUAAAGUGGUAUAAACUCUGUUUAUCAACUCUCUUAUGUUAAAAGCCUGUCCUUAAAUGGGGCAAGAUGAGAAUUAUACAAAAAAGCCCUGAACUAUCCUCUGUUCAGUAGUUUCUGGUUUUUCGUUUGUUUUUUUCAAGAGCUCUGCUUUAUAUAUAUAUAUAUAUAAAUUCACGUAAUUAUGUGAUACCCAAAACCACUCUGUAAAGUUGAUAUUACUUCCAUUUUUUAAAUGAGAAAACUGACUUUGGAUCUCUGAAGUGGUUCAACCUAGGACUGAGAACAAAUUAAUCUACGAACAUUCUGCUGCAUUUAUAAGUAUAAAUUCGUCCUGAUACUGUGUUCCAUUCCUGCUGUGACUAACUUGUUAUAUAUCUAACUUCUGUUCUCCUACGUCUACUCUGCAACAAACUCUCUGGGUAAUUUCAUGGAAUAUGAUUGCUCAUGAUGGUAAUGAGGCCACUUCAGCUUCCACCCCUUGGUUCCUGGUCCCAUGUAGUCUUCCUCUAGGCAAUAUCGAGUAUUGCCUUUAAGCUGGCAUGUUAGCUGCACCUGCAAAAGACCAUCCCAAUGCUUUAUCAAGCCAGAAGUUUCUACAUGAAGUGAUGUGUAAUUCAACCAGUGAAUUCCAAAUCAGGGCCCCCCUUCUGAAAAUCCUUCAUUGUGAAGUGAGACCUCUGAUAGGAUGCUAGUUUGUGUGGUAUCCUAUUCCUGUGGAUCAGGCACUCAGGAAACCCACACAUGGUGGUGUUAGUUAAGACUCUGAGGGCAAGAAAGUUAAACCCAUACCCAGAAAAGAUGUCAGAAUAGGUAUCUAUUCCAAUGAAGACAAACCACUGGCUUUUGCAGGAUGGAAGGAGCCCUAGAUAGUCAACUUGCCACCCAGUGCCAAUUGGUCUGCCCUAGAUCCUCUUAUUUCUGAUCUUUCAAUCCUUUUCCUUCUCAACACCCAACCUCUGGCCCAGCAUUUGCUACUGUCCAUAUUGAUUCUCAUCUCAGGCCACUUAUUCUUCCAUACAAAGUGGAUGAGCAGGUAUACCAUUGAAAGCUCCACCUUGAAGAUUUUCCCU